GUGCUAGGUUGCAUCAUGAAAGCGCAUUCGUAAUCCAGCGAUCCGUGGGAUUGGGCAAAGGGAGUGGAGGUUGGGUUAGGAAAAAAACACGAUUGGUAGAGUUGAGAGUAAAACUUGCUGGCUCAGAUAUUUGUGCAGCCACGUCCUCUCUUGCUAACCUCCCCACUCAACGCGGAGCUGUCCAUUGGCACUUGUGCUGAAACGCGUCUAUUCUCAAUCGCUCACUGCGGUGCACGACGGAGUGUCGAGAGUAAAACAUUUGGAUGACUGUAUUGGCUUUUUCCAUAUAUUUUUGAGACACUUCGGUGGAUAUCCAUUGAUUUACUCAGCUUUCAUCAAGAGCGCAUCAAAGGUCCACGUUCUGACUCGGUCGGUUAACGGACUCUAAAGAGGCAGAAAGAUGGCUUUUAUGGUGAAACAAAUGGUGGGAGGGCAUGUGAAGAACCUGACCGGGGGUUUGACUGAGGAAAAGCCCGAAGGAGAGAAAUCGGAAGCCGCAGCGGCAGGAAUGACCCAGGAGGAAUUUGAACAAUAUCAACAACAGUUAGAGGAGGAAAAGCAGGAACGAGAUGCUAGUUUUGCCCAGAAGAAAGCUGAGCGGGCAACAGUUAGAAGUCACUUCCGGGACAAAUACAGACUGCCAAAGAAUGAGCUGGAUGACACUCAGAUCCAGCAGGCGGGGGAUGACGUGGAGCUGCCCACAGAGCUAGCCAAGAUGAUCGCUGACGACAACAAGGAGGAGGAAUCCAAAACGUCUGUCCUGGGCCAUCUGACCAACAUCCAGAAUGUGGACAUGGACCAGCUGAAGGACAAGGCCCAGGCCACACUGGAAGACCUCAAACAGUCCGCUGAGAAGUGCAAUCUCAUGUGAUCUGGCUGGCUGACUGAAUUCCUGCUCUCUCUCUCCCUCCCUUACUCUCUUUAUCUGUACAACAAAGGAUCUAUGUAAGAUAUCAUGUGAUCUAUGAUCAUGUACAAACGUUGAUGGUCAUGUUGCUUUGAAUACACACACAUACAGUCAACACUGCCUCACAUACACAAACAUACUGCAGCAGCACCUGGCCAAGGAAUCAGAGUAAACACUGUCUAAGCUGUGGUGGAAUCAGAGUAAACACUGUCUAAGCUGUGGUGGAAUCAGAGUAAACACUGUCUAAGCUGUGGUGGAAUCAGAGUAAACACUGUCUAAGCUGUGGUGGAAUCAGAGUAAACACUGUCUAAGCUGUGGUGGAAUCAGAGUAAACACUGUCUAAGCUGUGGUGGAAUCAGAGUAAACACUGUCUAAGCUGUGGUGGAAUCAGAGUAAACACUGUCUAAGCUGUGGUGGAAUCAGAGUAAACACUGUCUAAGCUGUGGUGGAAUCAGAGUAAACACUGUCUAAGCUGUGGUGGAAUCAGAGUAAACACUGUCUAAGCUGUGGUGGAAUCAGAGUAAACACUGUCUAAGCUGUGGGGGAAACAGAGUAAACACUGUCUAAGCUGUGGGGGAAACAGAGUAAACACUGUCUAAGCUGUGGGGGAAUCAGAGUAAUAGUCUUAUGCCAAAGACCCUUCGCAGAAAACCAUUUAGACAAUGGCACAAAGUAUAUCAACUAGUCAUAUUAAGUGUGAGACUAAAUCACACUUUCUUGUCUUGGGACCACAUUCAGUACAUUACAAACCAAGUGUCUGUUAUAUAUAUUGCAGGUGUAAGUGUAUUUGCAGUUAGCCUGUUCUGUAGUCCAUCUAGUCUAUGGUCAUUAACUAGUUGGGGCCUUGUUAAGAGACAGCUCGUCCUAUGUAAUGCCAACCCAUCUAACCUUUCAAAUCUGGCCUUUAACCUGUCCUCAUAUUGACCCCUGACCUCUCCAUCUCAGUUCUGUUUUGUGCCGGUGGUUUGGUGUCGUUUAGCUGCUAUGAUAUGUCAAGUGCUGUCUUUGAAAAUGUCAUCCUUUGGCUGAGUGCUGGUCAUAGUGUUUAAUAAGUACACAAUACUAUGAACAUAUAUGAACAUAGAGUACUUGGUAUUUGUCUGAAUUGUUGUUGUAUCACUAAGUAAAGACGCAGGUGAGAGCGGGAGAGGGGUUUGUCAACCUUAUUUAGUAAUACACAAUAUAUAUUUCUUAAAUACAGUGGUUCAUGUCUUGUAAUAGUUGAACAGUCCUUUUGUGACAUUACAGUAAUUGCAUUUGAAGAAAGGAUGGUGAACAUGCCUUAGUCGCUUGUUUUAUGUGAUAGCUACUUUGUGCUUUCUUGUCAGUUCCAUGAAGCAAAACAAACAAGUGUGAAUAUAAUGAAUUCUUACUCAAGUCUUACAGAGCCUGAUCACCUAUACAUAUCUCUCUGUAUUGACGUGUGACCUGCAGUGGUACUUUAAAGCCAACAACAAGAGCUUCUUUCAUUUCCAGUCACCCUAUGGGGUGAUUCAGGUUGAUCUCAUGAUGAUAUUUCAGGAAGAGACGUGUUGUUCAUGAUGUUUCUGUUUCCUGUCCAUUCUUUGCUUCUUUUACAUCAUCUUUGUUGUUCAGUGCUGUAUGAACCGUAUUUAUUUUUGACUGACUGUUGAAACCAUAAUAAACAGAUUUUUAUGA